UUAAUCUAAUCUUAUUCCAAUCAAACCAAUGAUCUGUGAUUACUGACAGGAACCUACUAAUAAUCUUAAUUCAGUUCUUACAGACAAACUGUACGUAACAAUGAAGUUUAUCAUUUUCUUUGUUUCUAUGAGUGUCGUGGUGGUUUCCAGUCAAAAUUGGGUCAGCAAUAGCUACGUACUGAACCAUCAGGAGUUCUUCACGGGCGUCCUCCAGGAAACAGUGCAGGAGUUGGAGCACCGGGAAUGGUGUAACUUAAAGUUGGAUAACAUAUAUCAGACUAUAAAUGACUCCUUAUACAACUUUGUAGUCAAUGGCACUGUGACGUACCACAACGGUUUUGUCGUCUCCAUCCAAAAGCUUGACCUCGGCAACAUACAAAACUCUUUGACGUCAAGAACCGCAGACAAUGUCACCACCAAUUUCGCUUAUGUCCGUGGUAACUUGAACUUGAAUGAUGUGACUGUUGGAUUUGAUGUGGAAGCUUCAAUUUAUAAUGAUGGAGUGCCGUCGGUACAGACUUACACUGGAACUUACAACCACGGUUUGAUACGAUUUGAUAUUUUGAUCCAAAAAAAUUUGGACAACCAAGAAAUUACGGUGUCCGCUUCAUUGUCAUCUUUGGCAGCAGGGUCCGGUAUCCGAAUGAUUUACAUGCCUUCCAAUAACGUCACUGAAGCUUUAUCUAGAAGAUGGGUCCCCAGUAACAAUUGGACCGGAGUAGGGCGCUGGGGCUCAGACCACAUGGUGCCGAUUAUCAUGGAUAUCGUCAACUCUCGUAUACCUUUCCCUAAUAUCUGCAUUGGAUGUUACGCUUGAUUUUAAAGUUAAUUUUAUACGAAAAGAAUUACUGUUAAAUACACUACAUUUUUUAUGUUGUCUA